AUGUCAUGUUAUUUUCAGGUGAUGAAUCAAUUCCGCACAGGCGGAGGGCCGCAGCGGGAAAUGUUUGCGGCGGCCGAAGACAUUGCGGACGAUGUGUUGCGCCGUACCAGGCAUAUCCUUCCGCAUGUGGCGCGACUCUGCCUCGUGUCGACGUUCCUCGAAGAUGGUAUCAGGAUGUGGUUUCAGUGGGACGAUCAAAGGCAGUUUAUGCAGGAGUCCUGGUCGUGCGGAUGGUUCCUAGCGACUUUGUUCGUCAUCUACAACUUUUUUGGCCAGUUCUUGCCUGUCAUCAUGAUCAUGCUGCGGAAAAAAGUAACGAUUGCCUGUGCGAUACUUGGAUCGAUUGUCCUGCUCCAAACUGUUGCUUACCACAUUCUAUGGGAUCUUAAAUUUUUAGCAAGAAAUGUAGCCGUCGGUGGCGGACUUGUGUUGCUUUUGGCCGAAACCCAAGAAGAGAAGGCUUCACUGUUCGCUGGAGUGCCAACCAUGGGAGAUACUAACAAACCAAAAUCCUACAUGCUACUAGCCGGACGAGUUUUACUUAUAUUUAUGUUUACCUCGCUGCUUCAUUUUGAAAUGAGUUUCCUACAAGUGAUUGAAAUCGUUGUCGGAUUCGCACUUAUUAUGCUUGUAUGCGUUGGCUACAAGACGAAGCUGUCUGCUAUGCUUCUAGUUGUUUGGUUGUUUGGCCUGAAUCUGUGGCUUAACGCAUGGUGGAAUGUACCUGCUGAUCGAUUCUAUCGUGAUUUCAUGAAGUACGAUUUCUUCCAGACAAUGUCGGUUAUCGGAGGCCUGCUACUAGUCAUCGCCUAUGGCCCAGGUGGUGUUUCUGUUGACGACUACAAGAAGAGAUGGUAA